ACGAAUACAAUGCACACCACUUCUUGAUACCUAAACAAGGUGAAACAGGGAAGUAAGGAGGAAAAAAGAAAAGAGUAGUAUUGUCCUCUGGCGUCAGUCACCAAGUGCUAUACAAUGAGGAAUGUAUACCAGACAACUGUUAUUUCCCUGAUACUUAUGAUCAUUUAUUCAACCACUCCAGCAUGUCAAGGCCACGACCAGGUUGAGGCAUGGCAUCAUCUCCACAGUUCACCACCGCCACCGCUAAUGGAAUCAUCACGACCAUGGAGUUUAUCUGAAAUGUCGCACCAUCACCACCACGGGUCGCCUCCGCCACCGCCAAUGACGCCAUCACCAAUACGUAGUUUGACAGAGACAUUACACCAUCAUCACCACAGGUCGCCACCGCCUCCAUCAGUGCCGUCAUCACCACCACACCAUUUGUUCGAGAUGUGGCACCACCAUCACCACAAGUCACCUCCGCCACCGCCAGUAAUGUCAUUGCCAUCGAGAACUUUGUUUGAGACGUCGCACUGGCAUCACCACGGGUCGCCACCGCCGCCAUCAGUGCCGUCACCACCACCACGCCAUUUGUUUGAGACGUCGCACCAUCAUCCCCACAGGUCGCCUCCACCGCCGCUAGUGCCGUCAUCACCACCACGCAUCUUGUCUGAGACAUCGCACUGGCAUCACCAUAGGUCACCGCCACCACCACCAGUGUUGUUGCCACCAACACACAGUUUGUCUAAGGGAUCACACCAUCAUCACCAUAGGUCGCCGCCGCCACCACCAGUGUCAUUGUCACCACCACGCCAUUUGUUUGAGAUGUUGCACCAUCAUCACCAUGCGUCAUCACCGCCGCCACCGCCAGUGCCGCUGCCAUCACCACCACGUCAUUUGUUUGAGACUGCCCACCAUCAUCACCACAGGUCGUCUCCACCACCGCCAGUGCCAUCAUCACCACCACACAGUGUUUGAGACGUUAUCACCAAAUUAUGCCAAAUAAAGCUGAAGUCCGUGACAUGCUACUGCUACAACAGAAUGUCUGUUUGACUUAUGAUUGCAAGAACAUGUGCAAGGAAAACAUUUUGUUGCAUA